CGGAACUCCGUCACGUAGGAAGCCGCUAAAGUCAACUUCUUUGAAACUUCGCCCACUUAGCUUCAUCAACUUCCGUCAUCAGCAAUGUCGACAUGGCGUUUCAUCACUUCUGGAGUAGAACACCGUUAUGGGUUUACAUCAACAUGAGGCUCUCCGAGAAGCACGCUGUUUACGAUGCCGUGUGCCGUAUCAGCUGGCGCGUUCUUCUUCGAGCAUCGUAUCUCCGCGUUACCUUGCUGCAUUACUAUAUUGACCUCCAGCGAAAAAUUGUUGCUGACACGUGGAGCAUGAAGUCAUUGGGCUCAACAUGUAUUUACAUCCUCGCUCUCGCGUUCUUGCUCGCAAAUGCACAAUCACCUUUGCUUGGCAACCUGGAUGUUCGGCACAUUUUGUCUCCUCGCCUAGGAACCUCAUCUAUCUGCAGAAUCAAGCUUUCCAUCCUACGUACCCAUCAUCAUAUGAUCCUUAAGCAAGGACUUUCUAAUCUUUUCGGUCGUUUGUCUCUUUCCUCUUUCAAUUAACCUUAAAUUGUUUAUUCUUCUGCCGGAGCGGGAUCCCGUUUCAGAUUCAGGCAGAGUUCGAAGAGUGUCGAUGAAGCAGGGACUUGUGCUCGCCUUCCUCUCAACAACAAUCCUGUGACU